CAAAUAAAAUGUGGGGAAAAUUAAGUGCAUUUAUUAUUGCCAAAUCUGUUAAUGAAAUAAAAGGAAAAUUAAAAAUAUUAAUAGUGCAAGCAAAAAAGAAUAAUAAAAGGGCAAAUAAUAAAAAAGAAAAAAGAAAAAAUAAUAAAAAAAUAAAUGAAAAUAAUAAUAAUAUUGAAAAUAAUAUAAAUAAAUUGAUAGAAUUAAUUAAUAAAUAUGAAGAAAUUGAACAAAAAUUAAAUAAAUUACCCGAAGAAAUUAAUUGGAAGGAAUUGGAGAAAAUGGCUAAUUUUUGGAUGAUUUUUAAUAAAAUUAAGGAUUCCAAGGAUUUUGAAAAAGAUAAUUUUGAUAAUGAUUUAAAAGAGGAAAAUAAGGAUUCAGAAAUUAAUAGGGAAAAUAUUAAAUAUUUACACACAAAGGUUUAA